ACCGAACUACACAAGGCAAAUGAUGGAACUAGUGAGUAGUGACUAGUCCCACCAAAUUUUUUUAUUACUUGAUACUCCCAAGCAUUUAUCUUUGGCAGCACAUUGGCAUCUUUUUACAAAUACUAGUGGUUCAUAAUGUAACAACUCUACAUCAUUUUGGGAAUUCAAUUUUAUUCUCUGUAUUGUCUGAAAUUGCUUCUGGGUAACAAGAACAAAGGAUCAUUAGACUAUAAUGAUAAGAUGAACAGCAGAAGCGUCCAACUUUUGGAUUCCGGAAAUGCGACGCUUCUCUUUCACUCCGUCGACGCUUUUCUCUUUGAUUGCGACGGAGUUAUAUGGAAGGGGGAUAAGCUCAUUGAUGGCGUUUCUGAUACGCUACAUUUCCUCAGAUCAAAGGGGAAGAAACUGGUAUUUGUGACGAAUAAUUCCACCAAAUCGAGAAAGCAAUAUGCUGCUAAAUUCCUUUCUUUGGGCAUUUCUGUUUCUGAGGAUGAGAUUUUUAGCUCCUCUUUUGCAGCUGCAAUGUACUUGAAAUCUGUUGAGUUUCCUCUUGAUAAAAAGGUUUAUGUGAUUGGUGGUGAUGGCAUCCUGGAGGAGCUUAGCCUUGCUGGGAUUACAGCUUUUGGUGGCCCUGAAGAUGGGAAAAAGACGAUAGAAUUGAAAGAUAAUCCGUUCUUUGCCCAUGACAAGACUGUAGGAGCGGUUGUGGUUGGGCUGGAUCCGUAUAUUAAUUUUUACAAGCUCCAGUACGCAACACUUUGCAUUCGUGAUAAUCCAGGAUGCCUAUUUGUCGCCACCAAUCGGGAUGCAGUGGGACAUAUGACUGAUUUACAAGAAUGGCCAGGGGCUGGAUGUAUGGUUGCAGCUGUCUGCGGUUCAACCGAGAAAGAGCCAAUUGUUGUUGGCAAGCCUUCAACGUUUAUGAUGGAUUUUUUGUUAAAGAAAUUCCAAAUCGACACCUCGAGAAUGUGCAUGGUGGGUGAUAGGCUAGACACCGAUAUUCUUUUUGGACAGAGUGCCGGCUGCAAAACACUUCUUGUUCUCUCUGGCGUGACGACACUGCCUACCCUUCAGGACUCAUCAAACAACAUCCUCCCAGAUCUCUACACAGACAAAGUGUCUGAUUUGCUUCAGCUAUUGAGACCAUGACAGCAGGCAAUGUAUUUAAAUUGUGUUCUAUAGCUUUCAGUUUUACCCCCAAUAAUUCCGUUCCUUGAUAAUUGAAACAGAAUGUUUGAAGUAUAAUACUUGAUAUUUGAUGUCUAAUGUUUGUGAACUAAA